AUGGGAACACCAGGUGGCCUCACCUACAAACACCAACCUGAAAUCGGCCAUGCUGCACUCAGAGUUUCGGCAGAUAAUGACAGUGGACUGGAAAACAAAGUGACAAGUCCAGCUCCAAUGACAAAACACCCUGAUACAACCACAACAAUUGAAGUAACUACAUCUAGUCCAAAAACAACUUUAGCACCUACUACAAGUAGUACCACAAAAGCAACUACAACCAAAGAGACCACUACGGCUCAGAAAGAUAUGCCUGUGACAACAGCAGCACCAAAGACCAUGGCAGAGUCUCCCACCACGCCUAAGGUAGAAGAUAUGACCCCUGAGGCCACAGACGAAACAAUAACCGAGCCAGAUGGUCCCACCACUCUGGGACCUGAACACACAACACCAGAGGCCACAGAGGCACUGACAAGUGAGGCAGACAAUCCCACAACACCUAAGGCUGAAGAUAUGACCCCAGAUGCCACAGAAGAACUACUGACUGAAGCAGAUGACCCCAGCACCAUCAAACCUGAAGACACAACCCCAGAGGCCACAGAGGUACCAACGACCAAGGCACAUUCUCCCACCGCUCCCAAGCCUGAAGACACAACCCCAGAGGCCACAGAGGCACCAAUAACUGAGGCAGACUCUCCCACCACCCCCAAACGUGAAGACACAACUCCAGAGGCAACAACGACCAAGGCAGACUCUCCCACCACUCCCAAACCUGAAGACACAACUCCAGAGGCACCAACAACCGAGGCAGACUCUCCCACCACUCCCAAACCUGAAGACACAACUCCAGAGGCACCAACCACCAAGGCAGACUCUCCUACCACCCUGAAACCUGAAGAGACAACCCCAGAGGCCACAGAGGCACCAACGACCAAGGCACAUUCUCCCACCGCUCCCAAGCCUGAAGACACAACCCCAGAGGCACCAACGACCGAGGCAGACUCUCCCACCACUCCCAAACCUGAAGACACAACUCCAGAGGCACCAACGACCAAGGAAG